AUGGCAUACUAUCAUAAGUAUUUCGACGGAUUUGACUGGCAGCCGCAAGGCGGGGCCUGGGAGAAUUUCGGUGGCAAUUUUAGCAGCCCUCCUGCUGUUGUCUCUUGGGGCACCAAUCGACUCGACAUUCUCGGUAUUACUCCUGAGGGACAGCUCAAGCACAAGUACUGGAGCGGUGACCAAUGGUCCGGCUGGGAAGACCACACUGGACUGAGCGGACCUUUCGUUGGCACUCCUGUCGCCUCAUCCUGGGGAUAUGGCCGCGUUGACCUCUGGGCUGUGGGGAAGAAUUCGAAUCUCUACCACAAAUUCUGGGACGUGUCUUACUGGACCGAGUGGGAGAACAUGGGCGGCACCUUCGAGACGGCACCGCAGGUGGUCCAUCAGGCACCAAACAAGAUCGACAUCGUGGGCCAAUUCAAAGGAGAUGACAGGCAGUACUACUACAAAUACUGGGAUGGCGCGCAGUGGCUGCCUUCGGUAAGCGACUGGCAUCCCAAAGGUGGCGAUUUUGCCUCGGCGCCCGCUCUUGUCAGUUUGGGAGCAGGAAAUCUCAACUUCUUCGGGGUGGGCAACGACGGUGAGUUAAAGGUGCAGGUUUAUGCUGGAAACGACUGGCAGCCUUCCAGUAAGGGGUGGUAUUCUCUCGGAGACACUCUGCAUGUGUCCUCUGCUCAGGAGGACUCGUUCAAAGUUCAAGACUUGUGA